AUGGCAAAACAGAACCAAACGGACCCAUCAGGCUUCAUUCUUAUGGAUUUCUCUGUCCAGCCAGAGAAUCAGCAGCUUCUUGGCUUGCUCUUCCUAUCCAUGUAUCUCCUGACAGUCCUGGGAAAUUUACUGAUUGUUCUGCUGAUUUGCUCAGAUGCUCACCUUCUCCAGACCCCCAUGUAUUUCUUCCUCAGCCACCUUUCUUUGGCAGAUGUGGGCUUUGCCUCUGUGACUGUCCCCAAGAUGCUGCAAAACCUUCUCUUCAAGGUCAGGACUAUUUCCUAUAGCGGGUGCUUGAUGCAAAUGUUUUUCUACAUGAUGUUUGCCAACACAGAUAACUAUCUUUUGGCUGUGAUGGCCUAUGACCGCUAUAUGGCCAUCUGCCACCCCCUGCAUUAUGCCACACGAAUGAGCCAGAAGCGCUGCCUCUUACUUGUGGCAAGCUGUUGGCUCCUGGCAUCUCUCAAUUCUGUGCUGUACACAUUGAUGAUGUCCCCUCUCUCUUUCUGCUCCUCUCAGGAGAUCCCCCAGUUCUUCUGUGAAUUCUUCCCUUUGCUACGACUUGCAUGCUCAGACACAAGCAUUAUAGAAACCAUUUCUCUAAUUGAGAGCUAUGUGGAUGUACUUGGCCCAUUUUUCCUCAUUGUGAUCUCUUAUGUAUGCAUUUUCUGCACCAUCCUUACUGUCCCAUCCACAAAGAGGAAGCAUAAGGCGAUUUCCACAUGUGGUUCUCACCUGGGUGUGGUGACCCUCUUCUAUGGCACCCUCUGUUGGGUCUAUUUGCAGCCAAACUCCAGGAAUUCAGAGCAGAACAUGAUUUCUUCUUUCAUGUACACAAUGGUGACUCCCAUGCUCAACCCAUUCAUUUACACUCUUAGAAAUACAGAGAUAAAGGCUGCUUUGAAAAGAUACAUGUUCCUCCAUAGUUUC